AUGGCAACUCCUUCACAGCUUGCUUACCGAACGGUUAAGGGGAUUGGUAUCUUGGAUGCGGCCCCGUCUUAUGAGCCCUUGUCGGGAUUUGCGAGACCUGAGGGGAACCUCCGCUGUAGCGCUUAUUCUCCAUGCGGUCGAUACUUCGCAUGGGCAUCACCAGACAAAGUUACCAUCGUUGAUCCCUCCGCCGGUCAUGUCGUUUCUACCAUCUCCGCCGAAAAUGUCUUCGAAUUGGGAUUCUCGCCGCUCGGUACUUACCUGAUCACCUGGCAGCGUCUAUCCAAGGAUGCCAAUGGAGAUGCCGUCAAGAACCUCAAGGUCUGGCGCGUGGUCGAGUCCGAUAGUGGAGAUGAGCGCGCUGUUGUGGGCAGUUACGUCCAGAAGUCGCAGACAGGCUGGAACCUCCAGUACAGCCCUGAUGAGCGUCUCUGUGCUCGUGUCGUCACCAACGAGGUCCAGUUCUACCAGAGUGAAAACCUGUCGUCGGUCUGGAAUAAGCUGCGCGUGGAGGGGGUGGCAGACUUUGCGCUCGCGCCCGGGAACUCUUCAUCGAUUGCUGUGUUCAUUCCUGAGCGGAAGGGACAACCAGCUGCGGUCAAGGUGUUCAAUGUGCCUCAAUUCGGAGCGCCAGUUUCGCAGAAGAACUUCUUCAAGGGUGAUAAGGUCCAGCUGAAGUGGAACGCUUCAGGAACUACCUUGAUUGUGCUUGCUCAGACCGAGGUCGACCGGACUGGUAAGAGCUACUAUGGAGAGACUACUCUCUACUUGCUCAGUGCCAGUGGUGGCUUUGAUUCCCGCGUGGAGCUUGACAAGGAAGGCCCAAUUCACGAUGUGAGCUGGUCUCCCAACUCCAAGGAGUUUGGUGUUGUCUACGGUUACAUGCCUUCUAAGACCACGAUCUUCAACUUCCGGGGUGUCGCCAAGCACACUUUCCCUCUGGCACCUCGCAACACCAUCAUGUUCUCCCCACAUGGACGCUUUGUCAUCGUGGCAGGCUUUGGUAACUUGGCUGGUCAGAUGGACAUUUUUGACGUGGACAAGGACUACUCCAAGGUUACUACCGUGGAGGCGUCGAACUCCAGUGUUUGCGAAUGGUCCCCUGAUGGACAGUAUAUCCUGACGGCCACCACUAGCCCCCGGCUGAGAGUGGACAAUGGAGUUCGCAUCUGGCAUGUGGGUGGUGGGCUGAUGUACAAUGAGGAUAUGCAUGAGCUCUACGAUGUCUGCUGGAGGCCUCAAUCCACUACCCAACACCCGCUGGGUAACCCCCUCCAGUCCCUGCCGACCCCGCAUCCAUCUGCCCUCGCAUACCUUAGCACGAAGAAAGCUCCUGUUAAGCCUGCGGGUGCUUACCGUCCACCGGGAGCCCGUGGCCAGGGCACUCCCCUGGCGUUCAAGCGGGAAGAUGAGGGUGGCGCGGCGUUUGUUCGCGACGGUGCCUCUCCCGGCGGCAUCGCCGGCCUUGUCGCCAAUGGAUUUGGCAAGCCCCGGAGACGCGAUGUGCCCGGUGUUGACCCCACUGAGGAGUACCUUCCCCCCGGAGCCGCUCCAGGAGGAGGUGUUGCUCUGCCCGAUGAAAAGCUCUCCAAGUCGGCCGCGAAGAACAAAAAGAAGCGUGAGGCCAAGAAGCAAAAGGAAUUGAAUGGCGAAGGUGAGCUGGCGCCGGCCCCGAAUGCCGGUCAGCCGACACGCAGCCCGGACCGUCGCGGGGACAAGGGCCACGAGCGUAGCCGAUCCAAGGCCAACAAGAUCAACGGCAACCAGGCAAACGGUGUCCCCACUGGGCCCAAGGCUGCCGCCCCUGCCCCUGCCCCUGCCCCUGUGCCGGAGGCCGAUGUGAACCCCACGGCCCAGGAAAAGAAGAUUCGGGGAUUGCUCAAGAAGAUCCGAGCGAUUGAUGAGCUCAAGAUGCGUCUGGCGGGCGGAGAGAAGCUCGAGGAUACGCAGAUGAAGAAGAUCCAGACCGAAGACUCAGUUCGCAAGGAUCUGGAGGCAUCGGGAUACACCGGAUAG